AGGGAGACAACCAUAUAUCCAUGGCAGCUCUAAGAUCAAGAAGAUGCUUUCUUUCUCUGUUAACCCUUUUUUCAAUCUUUCUUAUUCUGUUUUCUUUUUCACUUUUUGUCUACACAAAGCCCUCUAACAAGCCUUUCAUAGAUUACAAAAACCAAUUUUCUGUCUCUUUAUCUUUUCUUGCUCCUCCUCUGUCUCUUCCCGAACAAAACAACUCAAGAAACAAUACUCUUGAUUCAGUCUCUAGUCCUCCUCUUAUGUCUCUUCUCAGACAAAACAACACAGCAAACACUACUCUUGCUCCAAUCUGUCCUCCUCAUCUUCCUCCUCUCAGACAAAGCAACACAACAAACUCCACACUUGCUUCAGUCUCUUUUACUUCUUCUGUCUCUGAUCAAGAUAACCAAGAGAAGUCUUCAAGUCCUACAAGUAAAACAACUUUUAUCAGGAAGAGAAGUGGGUUGAAUAAACUAGAAGCAGAUUUAGCGAAAGCAAGAGCAGCAAUCAAGAGGGCAGCCUCUACGCAAAACUAUAGCAGCUCUCUUUACAAGAACCCAGCCGCCUUUCACCAGAGUCACACGGAAAUGAUGAAUCGUUUUAAGGUGUGGACAUACACCGAGGGAGAGGCCCCACUAUUCCAUGACGGCCCUGUUAAUGACAUUUACGGUAUAGAAGGACAAUUCAUGGACGAAAUGUGCGUGGAGGGCCCUAUGAGGAGCCAUUUUCGGGCAGAUCACCCUGAUGAUGCUCACGUUUAUUUCGUUCCAUUUAGCGUCGCCAAGGUCAUCCACUUUGUCUACAAGCCCAUAACCUCUGUCGAAGGGUUUUCGAGGGCUCGCCUACACCGCCUUAUAGAGGAUUAUGUUGAUGUUGUUGCUACUAAGUAUCCUUUCUGGAACAGAAGCCGCGGAGGUGACCAUUUCAUGGUAUCAUGCCAUGACUGGGCACCCGACGUGAUCGAUGGGAACCCAAAGUUGUUCGAAAGAUUCAUAAGGGGACUUUGCAAUGCUAACACCUCAGAAGGAUUCAGGCCGAACGUAGAUGUAUCCAUUCCGGAGAUCUAUCUUCCUAAAGGUAAACUGGGUCCAUCUUUCCUCGGAAAAUCACCGAGAGUUCGAUCUAUACUAGCAUUUUUCGCGGGAAGAACACACGGUGACAUCCGAAAAAUCUUAUUUAAACAUUGGAAAGAAAAGGACAGUCAAGUACAAGUGUAUGAACGUCUUCCUCCGGGUAAAGAUUAUACAAAACUAAUGGGGAUGAGCAAGUUUUGUCUAUGCCCGAGUGGUUGGGAGGUCGCUAGCCCAAGGGAGGUCGAGGCUAUAUACGCUGGUUGUGUGCCUGUGAUCAUAUCGGAUAACUAUUCAUUACCAUUCAGUGAUGUGCUUAAUUGGGACUCCUUCUCCAUACAAAUCCCUGUUUCUAGGAUAAGUGAGAUCAAAACGAUUCUAGAGAGUGUCUCUCUUGUUAGAUACUUGAAGAUGUAUAAGAGAGUCUUAGAAGUCAAGCGGCAUUUCGUGUUGAACCGUCCUGCUCAGCCCUACGACGUGAUGCAUAUGAUGCUUCACUCUAUCUGGUUAAGAAGACUUAAUCUUAGGCUUAUUACAUAAAAAUAAGUUUAAAAUAAGUUUUCUUUUGUUUUGUUAUAAAAUACAAAUUGAAUGUCUAUUGUAUAAGCAAAGUCUAUAUGAGGACUAGCUUUGUAUUCUUUCUUUAGAUAGACCAAUUCUCGCUUAUGUAUACAAAGCAAUGCAAUAAACAAAAGAUCAAAGAUUUUCAAAUUAAUAAGAGAACAUUCAC